AAGAAUGCUAAAAAAUCUUACCAACUCGAAGCUUUUGAACAGUAGUUUAAGUCUUUAUGUAUGUGAAUAAUGUAAAUCAUUUUUGCUUUAACUGUAAUGUUUUAUUUAGAUCUUGUGGUUAUUAACCAGCCACCUUGAGUUAGCUCUUACAUGCAUGCUAAACAUUUUAUUUUCACAAAUGGGUCAUUCUACAGAAACGUCCACUUUUGGUAUGGCAAGAUGUCUUAAAUUGUUUUUUUUUAAAAAACAUUUAAACUUAGACCACAUUAUUAGAUGAAUACAUAUAAAUGACAGCUUAAUAAUAAUUUUUUGUGCAAUUAUUUCAAGACCACACGUAUCAUUUUUUGUCGCUGGUGUUACCUUCUUUAGCAAUAUUAAAAGUUUUUAUGAAAAAUUUCUAAAAAAGAAAUUUCAGCACGUAGUCAGAGUUACAGAAAAAUAAUGAAAAUGCAAGAAAUAAGGAGAUUGUUUUUUUUAUUUAAUGUGACAGACAAAAGCGGUACAGUAACACCAGUGACAUACAUUAGACCUGAUAUACUGAUCGUCACUGGUGUUAUCCAUAAGGAAGGUAACACCAGUGACAGUAACACCAGUGACAAUUUUCAAGAAAAAUGCAUUUUACAAAAUGUCUGCUGCAAGGUAUCAAGCCACAUGUUGUCAAUCAUGGUAUACUCACUAAAUUAAGUAGUUUAAUCCAUUUGUAUUAUAGUUUUUUAUAUAACAAUAAAUAGGUCAUAUCAGUGACAUCAACUAAAAGCUUCAUAUGAAAUCAUGAGAUAAAUGAGAAAAUUUCUCAUAACUGAAAAGAAAAAGUGGACUAAACAUGGGCCUUUUUUCAUAGAUGUUUAGAAAGGAAGGAGGAAGUCGAGUGAUGUCAUCAGUGUGAUAUUUUUUUUAAAAUUCUUUUGUUAAGUGGUAACACCAGUGACACAACUCCAGGGGACCACUAUUUUCAUUAUAUAUAAAAUCUAAAAAAAAUUGUAACCCUAAUGUGUAUUUCAAUUGUAAUAUUUCUGUAAAGUCUAGGGACAGAAAACUGGACGUUUCUGUAGAAUGACCCAAAUAUGUUAGUUAGAUAUAUUAAUAUGAUAUGAAUAAAGAUUAAACAUUGAUACGUUUAUUUGUAAAAUCAGUUUGGAAAUGUUUGUCUCUUGAGCUCAGUUGUAUUUAUUAGCAGUAUUAGUGUUAUUUUGGUGGCUUUUCUUGUAACAGUUAUACUGAACAGCUCUAUUUUUUCAUACAGACUCUGUGUGCGGUUUUGGUUGUAAACUUAGGUUAAAGGUGAAGUCUAGUCAUAUCAACAGUGUAAACAACUCUGAAUGCAUGAAACAGCAUUGUAUUCAACAGCUGUGAAUGCCAAGCUCUGCCAACACUUGCGUCCGCGCGCAGCAGUGACGUCAGCGCAAUACCGCGCGCGUUCUUACGUCUCGACUUUUCGCAACUUUAUUAAAAAUGAAUAACUUCGAGAUAAUAUUAGCGGAGCAAGUGCGUCGGCACAGGCACCUCUAUGAUCCGAAUAUGCGCCAUCAUAGUGACCUUCACUUGAUUGAGAAAGCGUGGAAAGAAGUCGCUGCCGCCACGGGGAAAGAAGAGGCAGAAUGCCGUAAAGUGUGGAAGAACUUGAGAGACAAGUUUGUGAGGAUCAAGAAGAGGGUCCACGCAAGAAGCAGUGAUCCAAGUCCAUACAAGAUCAUGGCAGAGCUGGGAUGGUUAACCCAAUUUGUUAAACAUCGGGAAAAAGGCCCAAAUGUGAAGGAUCUAUAUAAAGUGGUCUCCAUUGAGGAACUUCUGAAGUCAAACAGCUUCUCAGUGUCUCCGGCAUCAGGAACAUCAGAGACUGUGACUUCCGAAAGCCCUCUACCUCUGUCCCUCAGGCCAUCAUCAUUGCCUCUUCCAACCACCCCAUCUACUACCUGUCCGUCACCUAAAAACAGCCCCUCACCCAAAUGCAGCCCCUCGCCUUGCUCAAUUUCAGCCUUCCCUGCCCCAAGCAUCUCACCCUGUUCCAAUGCAUCACCAUCUUCUACCGACUUAAUGCCUAAGAGUAAGUCUACCACUGAAGACGCCUUACUGAAGAUACUGGAGCAGCUGGACUGGGAGAGGGAGAGGGCCAUGCAGCAGGACAGUGAGGAUUUCAGAUUCGCUGCUGUUAUUGCAGACAUGUUGGCAAAAAUUGAUCCUCAGGUGAAGUCUGAGGUUAAGUUCAAGAUCUAUCAAAUACUGUAUGAGGCUGGGCAAAAAAAACCCACGUAACGGAUCAUGUUUUUACUGAAACUGUAGCACUGACAAUUGUUCAUAGGAAAGAAUAUUUUCAUAAAUGUUUAUUUUGCAAAUAUGCAUAUACGUUUUUUUUUGUGUGUAUUUAUGCAAAUAUGUAAAUAAGAAUUUUAAAGGAUAUUAAGGUUUUAUUUGUACAUUUACACAAGUAUU